AUGGCAGAUCCUAUGCUAAAGGUAUAUCGGGCUUGGCCUAGUCAGCCUCCUACCUACCACCAAGCAAAUGCAGGCUCGUCUGACAUCGCACAGGGCCGAGAAUGGAACUAUUCUCUUUUCGGGUGUUGUUCCCCAGGCACGCUCUGCCUAACAAGCUGUUGUCUACCUUGUCUGACAUACGGCAAAACCCAAACCAGACUUAGAGACCCAGAGCUACGAAGCUUUAGCUAUGUCAACGGCUCUUGUGCUAUCUGGAGUGUCCUUAGUAUCGGUGCCGUGCAGUGGAUCAUGCAGACCAUCACCCGUGGUGAGAUGCGGGAACAAUAUGGCAUUGAAGGCUCCUGUUGUGGCGAUUGCUGCGUGUCAACUUUCUGCGGCUGUUGUGCUCUCAUCCAAGAGGAGAAGGAAGCAGAGCUUCGGUCCAGACCUGAGCUUGCCGGCUACCAGAAACCACCUGGCAUGGAUAUGCCGUAA